AUGCUGUUCUUCACACGCCGCCUCCUCGCCGAGGUGACGACGAUCAACAGCAGCACCGCGUCAGCAAGCGGCCGACUCAUUCGUAUCCGAAAAAAGUCUAAGUGGAUCGAUCGACGUAGCAAACGCAUUCCUCACAACGGUAAGGAUGUAUGGCUCUUUGGCGAGCAGCCAAGCUGCGCUCUCUGUCACGUCCGCUUCCGCUACAAACAGGACUACGAGGCCCACAAGGAUAGUGAGCUGCACCAAAACCGUCUGCGGUGGGAGGAGACGAUGAGGUGGUGGAAGGAUGUCGGCGAGCCGCGGCACAUGCAGCACAGCGCAGAGGAGUGGGCGUGGUUCGAGCAGAACGUGCUGCCGAAGAAGGCGGCCACGCUGGGCCUCCCCGUCGAGACGGCUGCGCGACAGUUGCGUCGUGCGACGAUGCAAGAGACACCGCUGUGGCACGGCCGUCUCCAGGCACCCAACGCACGCGCGGAGAUUAGGGAGCCGCGGGAUCAGCGGUGGCCGGCGUCGCCAAAGUGGUAG